UUUUCUACUUUUCGUUUUCUCAUAUGUCUUUCACAACAGGGAGUCAUAAUUUCAAGCAUAUUUUGUGAAAUAUUAAAUUCAAGAAUGUCUAAAGAUCCAGAUUAUUUCCGGACAGUAUCAUUGAAACUGUCUGAGGUUCUCAGUGAGAUUGGCGUAAAUGAGAAAAUGGUAUUGAAGAGGAGGAGGAUGUUCUUGUUGAUGGAAACUAUGUUGACCACAACAUUCAGUUCACUGCAUGGGCCAACUCCCAUAUAUCAUUUUGGAAGUAGGUCCGAAGGAUCGACAACAAACGGGCUCAAUUCAGACAUUGAUAUACUCGUUUGCAGCGAAAUGCAUGUGAUACAAGACUGGGGUGAGUGGAAACCUGGCAUACAAAAUCUGCUGAUGAUCAAGGAUGAUGCCACGUCGCCUGGCUACUGUCUUCUACAACGUCUGAGGGACGAUGAGCCUCUUUCUCUACCCAUUCCCGUACCUGAACAUAUACUAGAUAGACGAUUUACAAUCAGCGGUGGUAAAUGGCUGAUGAAGAACACAUUUUAUAAUAUAGUUGAUAUUGCGGGAAGUGUAAUAAAUGGUCCUGCAUCAUCGUCAAAAGGACGGUCAGGUUGUGCAGAUCAAGAUUUUGUUCCUGCAAAUAACUGUAAAUCAUGGCCUGUAGAAGCCCGACCUUGGUUAGUAAGAUGUGGUAUAGGUGGAUGGCCUACAGAAGAAAUGAAGAGAUAUUGUGAGACUACAGGAUGUUUUGUAGUACCAGUGAGCAGUAAGAGUGGUCAGUAUGAGGAAAUUGAAUGGAGAAUUUCUACUGUUCAGGCUGAGCGAUGUCUUAUGUUCAGUUUAAACAUCACACAAAUAAGAUGUUACAUCCUCAUGAAGAUGAUUCUUAAAACAUUCAUAAAUCCUCAGUGUAAUGAUGUCCUUUCAAGUUACAUGUGUAAAACUGUUUUAUUUCAUUGUAUACAAAAUACAAUUUCAAAUAACUGGCAGCAAACCAAUUUACUUUGGUGUUUGAUAUGCUGCCUUAAACUUUUGCAGAAUUUUGUCAGACAAGAAAACUGUCCUCAUUUUAUGAUACCAGAAAACAACCUGGUGACCAGAAGAAUUUCUCCUCGUAACAAACAAAAUAUUCUUGAAAUCUUACAAAAUAUCAUACAAAGUGAUGGUCGUGCACUGCUGGAGAUUCCCACUGAUGACCUUGGUAGGAGACUGCAGGUGAAGAUGAACAUGGAUGAAGCUUUUCAGCAUGUUAUUUACCAAGCUCCAGCUGAAGUAAGUGCAAUAAUUUCAUAUCGGCUUUUGAUCGAUAUGAGCACCUAUAUAACUUCCAAUCACCAAAAACUUCUAAGAGAACUGAUGCGUGAUGAAAAUGGAAUGAUGCAUGUUACAUUAUCAAAUUUGAUGUUUAAACUCACUAGUUUAUACAGAGAAAUGGAUUUGAAUAGUUUAGAAAAGUCUGCGUUUGUGCUGUUAUUAGCUCCACUGUCCUCUUCACUGGGAUCUGUGAUAGCAUCUCAGGACAUUCACAUGACUGAAAGUAUAUCCCCAGAAGCACUUUCAUGGUUAUCAGCAGGUCUGAAUUCUGACGUGUCAUCCGGGAAACUGAAACUUGCGUCUGCUUUAUACUGUGCAGGAGAUAUGGAAAGGGCUGAGUUUGUGCUGAGAAAUAUUGAAGAAAAGUAUUACCUGAACACGGUUGAACCUAUCUGCGGAUGUUUUUCUCAAGGCGCGCCUUGCUUAAGACCAGAAUUCAUAAAUAAAUGUAACUCUGGAAAUGAAGAACUCAUUAAACAUAUCAUAGCGUUUUGUGUUAGAUUCACUCGGUAUGAAAUGUGCUGUGUUCCACGACAGCUACAAUAUGAAAUGUUUCGAUCUACACAAGAAGACAUCCUCGAUAGGGACCCAAACACUGACUUCUGGAUGGACUGGGCAGUAGUCGAUUCACUCCCUUACCUCUACUUCCUGCAAUACAAAAUAUAUGGUCACUUUCAUAGAGUAGCAGAUCAACAUUGGGCACUCUCAAAUUUCGUCGCAGUGAUUGAUACAGAACGAAACCUCCAACACAGAGAAACGGCACUGAAUUUACUGGGACAAUGCAUGGAACAGGAAAAGCGAAUUAAAGAUGCUCUUCGCUGCUAUAUGAUAUCCCUCAAUAUCAGAGCAAGAAACAACGCCGCAAAAUUCCAUAUAUGUAGACUACUUUAUGUAUUUGUGAAUGGAUAAGUCGUUAAGAUACAAACAGUGGAGUAUAAUACGGGAAAGAUAAACAACACAAGAACUACUCAUCAUAUCUUGGUAUUACUGAGUCUGAAACUGUACCGAGAUCAUUUCAUGAACGGAAACAUCAUAAUGUUUGUUGUGUGUGUAUGUGUGUGCGUUUGCGU